AUGGGGAAGGAGGAGAGACCGAGAGGGAGAGGGAGAGAGAGUCAUGGGGAAGGAGGAGAGACCGAGAGGGAGAGGGAGAGAGAGUCAUGGGGAAGGAGGAGAGACCGAGAGGGAGAGGGAGAGAGAGUAAUGGGGAAGGAGGAGAGGAGAGACCCUGCUAGAGCUGCCCUGGUCAACUGUAAGUGCUGUUAUUGUGAAGUGGAGACGUCUAGGCCACACAAGCUCACAGAACGGGACAAUACUCACUACCGAGUUCCAAACUGCCUCUGGAAGCAACGUCAGCACAAUAACUGUUAGUCGAGAGCUUUGUGAAAGGGGUUUCCAUGGCCAAGCAGCCUCACACAAACCUAAGAUCACCAUGCGCAAUGCCAAGUGUAGGCUGGAGUGGUGUAAAGCUCGCCACCAUUGGACUCUGGAGCAGUUGAAAUGCGUUCUCUGGAGUGAUGAAUCACGCUUCACCAUCUGGCAGUCCGACAGACAAAUCUGGGUUUGGCGGAUGGCAGGAGAACGCUACCUGCCCCAAUGCAUAGUGCCAACUGUAAAGUUUGGUUGACGAGGAAUAAUGGUCUGGGGCUUUUUUCCAUGGUUUUGGUCCUCUGUAGCUCAAUUGGUAGAGCAUGGCGCUUGUAACACCAGGGUAGUGGGUUCGAUCCCCGGGACCACCCAUACGUAAAAAUGUAUGCACUCAUGACUGUAAGUCGCUUUGGAUAAAAGCGUCUGCUAAAUGGCAUAUUAUUAUUAUUAUUAUUAUUAUUAUUAUUAUUAUUAUGGUUCGGCUAGGCCCCUUAGUUCCAGUGAAGGGAAAUCUUAACACUACAGCAUAGAAUGACAUUCUAGACGAUUCUGUGCUUCCAACUUUGUGGUAAGAGUUUGGGGAAGGCCCUUUCCUGUUUCAGCAUGACAAUGCCCCCGUGCACAAAGCGAGGUCCAUACAGAAAUGGUUUGUCGAGAUUGGUGUGGAAGAACUUGACUGGCCUGCACAGAGCCCUGACCUCAACCCCAUCAAACACCUUUAGGAUGAAUUGGAACGCCGACUGCGAGCCAGGCCUAAUCGCCCAACAUUAGUUCCCGACCUCACUAAUGCUCUUGUGGCUGAAUGGAAGCAAGUCCCCGCAGCAAUGUUCCAACAUCUAGUGGAAAGCCUUCCCAGAAGAGUGGAGGCUGUUAUAGCAGCAAACGGGGGACCAACUCCAUAUUAAUGCCCAUGAUUUUGGAAUGAGAUGUUCGACGAGCAGGGGUCCACAUACUUUUGGUCAUGUGGUGUAUCUCUGGUCUGUUGUGUAGGCCUUUACUGCAUUAGUGUGACUUUCACAUUUUCACUCUAUAACAAAUGCCCCAAAUAUUUAUGAUGGUAUACAGACUGCAUACCAAGGCUGCUCUCUCUGUAGAUGGAGGUUGGUAUAAUGAUACUGCUCUCUGUAGAUGGAGGUUGGUUGACACUGGCAAGGACAAACAUUGUGAGACACUGACAAGGACAAACAGGGUGAGACACUGACAAGGACAAACAGGGUGAGACACUGACAAGGACAAACAGGGUGAGACACUGACAAGGACAAACAGGGUGAGACACUGACAAGGACAAACAGGGUGAGACACUGACAAGGACAAACAGGGUGAGACACUGACAAGGACGAAGCGACUAAUCUUGGAUUGUUUCCCUACAGGGCGGCAGGCAUCUUGGAUUGUUUCCCAGGUAGCUUAGCGGUUAAGAGCGUUGGGACAGUAACCGAAAGGUUCGAAUCCUGAGUCGACUUGGGUGAAAAAUCUGUCUGUGCCCUUGAGCAAGACACUUAACCAUAAUUGCUCUUGUAAGUUGCUCUGCGUAGGAGCGUCCGCUAAAUUACUCCAAUGUAAAUGUAAUGGCACCCAAUUCCCUAUAUAGUGCACUAAUUUUGAUCCUAUACAGUGCACUACUUUUGACCAGAGCCCUGGUCUAAAGUAGUGCACUAUAUAGGGAAUAGGGUGCCAUUCUCUGGUCUAAAGUAGUGCACUAUAUAGGGAAUAGGGUGCCAUUUGGGAUGCUGCCGUGGGUUGCGUUGAACAAUGUCCAGCCUCCAGCCUGGUGAGGAAGGGUCAGGGGGCUCUUCCUGAUUUGGGAAGGGCUUUUUUUGGUGUCUGACAGUGGAACAAUGGGCUAAGCCCUUCACCCCUCCCUCACAGAUGCCUAGAGAUGGAAUAAAGAGUAGGAGAGACCCAUCUGUUCUUCAUUCCUUCACUGUGUUUCCUUCCCAGACAAUAGAUGGCUUUAGACGCCUGAACACUGCCACAACACAAUAGAUCUCUAACCACCUUCCUGAAAUCACUCUUCAGACAUAUGGGAACUGUGGAAUUAUUAUUCUGCUAUUUACCAUAUUUAUUAUUACAACCAAUUUCACUCUUUUAGUUUGUAAAAAGUGACCUUAUAUAUUUUGUGAUGCAGCAUACAUAUGUCUAUGAUGUAGAUUGUUCAAGUCAAAAUCUAACUUUUUUUGCCAAUAUAGGCUCACUUUGAGAAUUGUCCUUAAAAUGCAAAAAAGAAAAAGAGUGAAAAAGAGGGUGAGAGAGAGAUAGAAACAUAGUAAGAGGAAUGUGAGGGUUUUAGUCCGCUUUGGAUCGGUCUCUCUCUCUUUUAAUUCUCUGUUCUGGUUUACCAUCUCUAGCUUCACCUUUGACCUUCAGAGGGGCCUGUGCCGUCACAUUAGCUCUGUUGUCCUGUUUGGUCGGACACACAAACCCUGCCUGCUGCUGUCCCCACCCAACCCAACCUAGUCUCAACCUCGGUUGAUGCAACAACGACGUUUUGGAGACUGCUCACUAGCACACGAGGAAGUGGGUUGUCUUGUCUCUGUGUUUUUUGAAGUGAUGGUUUACUCACUUAAACUAACGUUGUUGUUAUCUGUUUCCUCCUUGCGCAGCGCUGGAACGCUCUUGAAAGGGGAACGGAAGAGUACGAGGCAGAAGGUGGGUGUAAAGUUACUGCAUUUAUUGUAAAGUUACUGCAUUUAUUGUAAAGUUACUGCAUUCAUUGUAAAGUUACUGCAUUUAUUGUAAAGUUACUGCAUUUAUUGUAAAGUUACUACAUUUAAGGAAAAGCAUGCAAGUAAGCAUUUCACUCUACUGUUUACACCUGCUGUAUCCAACAUUUCCACUAGAUAGCCAUUCAUCAUAGUCAGCUUUGGGGUCAAUUCCAUUUGGGAAUUUAGAAAGUAAAUUGAAACUCCAUUAUCAAGUAGAACUGACCCCAGGCCUCCCAAGUGGUGCAGUGGUCUAAGGCAUUGCAUUGCAGUGCUUGAGGCGUCACUACAGACCCGGGUUCGAUCCCAGGCUGUGUCACAGCUGGCCGUGACCGGGAGACACAUUUGGCCCAGCGUCGUCCGGGUUAGGGGAGGGUUUGGCCGGCUGGGAUUUCCUUGUCCCAUCGCGUUUCAGCAAAUCCUUGUGGCGAGGCGGGCGCCUGCAAGCUGACUUUGGUCACAAGCUGGAUGGUGUUUCCUCCGACACAUUGGUGCGGCUGGCUUCCGGGUUAAGCGAGCAGUGUGUCAAGAAGCAGGGUCGUGUUUCGGAGGACGCAUGGCUCUCGACCUUCGCCUCUCCCUAGUCCAUAGGGGAGUUGCAGCGAUGGGGCAAGACUGGAACUACCAUUUGGAAAUCACUCAAUUGGGGAGAAAAAGGGGAAAAUAUAAAACAAUCAAUUUGAACUGACCCUGAUCAUAGGAGUGAGAUGGAGGACAUUCAACGCCUAUGCUCAGGGAGCCAGGGUCUUAAAUCAAGUCUUAUCAUUGUGUGUGCGUGCGUGUGUGUGUAGGCCAGCUGCACCUGUGGAACCCUGAUGAGCCCUCUACCCCGCGGGGCUCUAUCACACCCCUCUCAGACCGCCUGGAGGAGAGGUUUCAGGAGGCCUGCGAGGAGCUGGCUAUGCCCUGGGAUGGAUGUGCCAGCCACCAUGAGCUACUGGCUCUCUGUGACCACCUGGGGCUGGAGGUGAGGAAAGAGAUCGUCUGAAAUGCUACCCUAAUCUUUAUAGUGCAUUACAGUAGAUGUGUGGAAUAGGGUGCCAUUUUGGAUUCAACCGAAGUUCAGUCGGUGACCAUCUGGGAUCAGCUGGUCCCAGUUUCCUCCUUACCCCAUCCCCUUGGCCCCCAAACCCUUCCAUGUUUGCUGAUCUGUAAGUUGGAAGCAAUACGGUGGAAGCUCCACCACUACACUGUUUAUACCUAUCCAGACCUUACGGAUCCACCACUACACUGCUGAUGCCUAUCCAGACCUUACAGAUCCACCACUACACUGUUUAUACCUAUCCAGACCUUACAGAUCCACCACUACACUGCUGAUGCCUAUCCAUAUCCUUUUAGAUCUGCGAACAUGGAAGGGUUUAGGGCCCAGGAGAGGGGUAGGGAGCUAAUUAGGACCGUGGAAGAAAUGGCUCCCUAUUUCCUGUAGUGAAUUAGACAGGGAAUAGGGUGGACGUAACCCAAGUGGAGGUUUGAGAGUCUGAGUAGGAUGCUGGGGAAAUGUUUCUGAUUGUUGUCGUCUCCAGGUGACGGAGGAUGUCCUCCAGGUUCUAAGUGUAAAUGAGAUAAUGAGCGUUCAGGCGUUUGCUUCCUGGGUUCUGAACCACGCCAAGCCCCCCACCCCCUCUGCCUCCACACCUUACAGACAGCUCAAAAGACUACACUCCUCACAGGUACAGUAAGACCCCCAUCUUAGGUCUCGUUCUCAUGUUAAAGCAAGACAUCUGUACCACGUUUUAGUGGUUUCUUUCCAAACUCCUGAUUUUUUUUUUUAAAUUCAAGAGUCACUCUUGAAUUAGUAAAUGGAUGGAUGAAGGAUUGAAUGAAUGAACUAACAAAUGAAUGAAUUAAUUAUUGAAUGAAUGAACUAACAAAUGAAUGUAUGUAUGUAUUAGACAAUUAAAAUAGAUACUGCCACACACCAAUGCAGUGACAAGUACACAUACAGUAUCUUGCUGUAGUAUCUAGUAAUAUUUAAGAGGUGUCCCCCAUCUCUCCUUGCAGCCAUUCGAUGAGACGGGCCGUAGAACAAGCGCUAUGACGAGUACCAUCGGGAUGCGUCUGUUCUCUACUCUGGACGAUGGGACAGGGUCCACCCCCGCUGAGGACGUCCUGGAUGCCUGGACGGAGGAGGGCAUCGAGAACAGCUCUGAGAUACUGCAGGUGAUAACAUCUUACCUCUCAUUCUAGGGGGGUGGGGUGGGGGGGGGCAUAUGUUUUUGACACUUCAGUCAGUGUUUUUAUUUUGUUGGCUUGAGAAUGUUGACACUGUGUAAGUGUCUCUGGCUAUAUUUGUGCUGUAGGCCUUGGAUUUUGACGUGUCUAUGUUUGUGCUGUAGGCCUUGGAUUUUGACGUGUCUCUGUCUAUGUUUGUGCUGUAGGCCUUGGAUUUUGACCUGGAGGGCAAAGUGAACCUCGGUGAGCUGACUGUGGCUCUGGAGAACGAGCUCCUCAUGACCAAGAACGGGAUCCACCGGGCUGCACUGGCCAGCUUUAAGGCUGAGAUCCGAUACCUACUGUGA